UCAGGUCAUGUGAGUACAGUGGUUCAAUAUUAAUAUUAUAAAGCCACGAGAAUAUUUAUGGUGCGCCUCUGUCGUGUUCGGUACGAUCACACACACACACACACACACACACACAGAGAGAGAGACAGGACUCGAGCUCACGCGGUGCUUCAUCUGCUCUUCAACUUCAUUCUUCACGGAGUCUCUGUUUAAUGAUCCGUUUAUCGUGAUUUCUUCACUCAUCAUGAUGCUUUUGGACUUCUGAAAUAUCCUGGAAGAGUUCUGCUGAAACAUGACUGAAUAUUCAAACCACAGUCAGUCCGCUGGAGAUUAUGAGUGGCAUUAUGAAUACUAUGAUGACGAGGAGCCCGUGUCCUUCGAGGGACUGAGAGCAAACAGAUACUCUAUCGUGAUUGGUUUCUGGGUCGGACUGGCUGUGUUCGUCAUCUUUAUGUUCUUUGUUUUGACCCUGAUUACUAAAACUGGAGCUCCACAUGCAGAGAUCCCUGACCCGAGAGAAAAGCAUCAUGGUCUAGGUGACUGUGUGCUGGAGGUCGGCGGCUCUCAGGCCUUUUCUCUCCCGCCGCUGCCGGACGAAUCACGUUCCCUCUUUCACUUCUACAUCCAUGAGGAGGAACAAGUCAAAUCCGACAGAGAUGCUGUGAUUGGCAGAGGGAGGAGUUGUGGGCGGGUCUCUGCUGGACUCCGCCUCCAGGGGACGACGGACGAAGACGAGCACUUCCUGUCCAACUUCAACAUUCCAAACUUUGUGAACUCUGAGCAGAGCUCCAGCGUCGACGACUUGCUGCUGUGUGAGCCGCCAAUCAUCACAGGCAGCCAAUCACCUGUGCCGAAGAGCUUAGAGCCUGCCCACCCUUCUUAUGAUGUCAUCCAGUAUUAACACACAGAUCAAUCAGACUCAUUAUUCAGGGAGACAUCUGCAGUGUGGACAGCGGUCACUGAUUUUAAAGAGACAAUCAAGAAAUGCAACUUCACACGGACAAGCUCUUAUUUAAACUGUUCCAGAACAUUUACAGUCCUUUCACUGAGAACUCUGUGAUGACACUUUACUCCAGCAGAAUUAUGAAGGAAAGUGUAGCUCUGAUAAAAACAAUGAAGAAGUGUGUGUCUGUGUGUGUUCCUUUGAGUCUUUAUGAAUGUGUGUGAGAGUGU